AUGCGACGCGUGCGCGCUCGAAGGGAGGGAAAAGCGGCCUCGCGGCGGAGGCGGCAGGACGCAUGCGCUUUGAAGAGAGGGCGCCCAACGAGCGAUGACGCAUGCGCGCCGCGAGGGAAGGAGCGCGCCGUUCAGGGGGCGGGGCCGUGCGUGAUGACGUCGUGACGCACGGGAGGGAGGAGGGUGGGAGGCGGGCCGCCGCCGCUGUUUCUCCGCCGCCGCCGCGCGACCCGAGAGGCUCCCCCCGCCCGCCCCUCCCCCCCUCCCCUCAGGGUUGCCAUGGCGACGGCGGGCGGCCCCCCUCCCCCGCCGGGCGAGACGAAGGUGAUCUACCACCUGGACGAGGAGGAGACGCCCUACCUGGUCAAGAUCGCCGUGCCGGCCGAGCGCCUCACCCUCGGCCACGUCAAGGCCGCCCUGGCCCGCCCCGGCGCCAAGUACUUCUUCAAGAGCAUGGACCAGGACUUCGGGGUGGUGAAGGAGGAGAUCACGGAUGACAACGCCCCCCUGCCCUGCUUCAACGGAAGAGUCGUCUCCUGGCUGGUGUCUUCGGAGGUCCCCCCACCCGAGAUGCCUCCACCCCCUCCCCCCGCUCCCGUCGAGGUCCGCCCGGAGCCUUCCCCCCCACCUCCUCCUCUUCCUCCGCUGCCCGUGGAGAGGACCAGCGGAAUCGGGGACUCCCGCCCUCCUUCCUUCCACCCAAACCUCUCGGGGAGCUGCGAGAACUUGGACCAUGAAACCGAGACGGAGUCCAUCGUGUCGCUGCGGAGAGACCGGCCACGCCGCAGGGAGAGCACGGAGCAUGGAGGUGGGCACCGGAUAAACGGACAAUCCCGGCUGGAGCGCCAUUUGGCCGGGUACGAGAGCUCCUCCACGCUGCUCACCAGCGAACUGGAGACCACCAGCCUCUGCGACUCGGACGACGACGACGCCAUGAGCCGGUUUAGCAGCUCCACGGAGCAGAGCAGCGCCUCGCGGCUUCUCAAGCGCCACCGUCGGAGGAGGAAGCAACGCCCGCCGCGUCUCGAACGGACGUCGUCCUUCAGCAGCGUCACCGACUCCACAAUGUCGCUCAACAUCAUCACCGUCACCUUGAACAUGGAAAAAUACAACUUCCUGGGCAUCUCCAUCGUGGGGCAGAGCAACGAGCGGGGAGACGGCGGGAUCUACAUCGGCUCCAUCAUGAAGGGGGGGGCCGUGGCAGCCGACGGACGGAUCGAGCCGGGAGACAUGUUGCUUCAGGUGAACGACAUCAACUUUGAGAACAUGAGCAACGACGACGCUGUGCGAGUCCUGAGGGAGAUCGUCCACAAGCCGGGCCCCAUCGUCCUGACGGUGGCCAAGUGCUGGGACCCCUCCCCACAAGGGUACUUCACUCUGCCGAGAAACGAGCCCAUCCAACCCAUCGAUCCGGCGGCUUGGGUGUCCCACUCCGCCGCUCUGACGGGGGCUUUCGUCCCCUACCCGGGGAGCAGUUCCAUGAGCACCAUCACCUCGGGGACGUCCGUCACGGAGACUGAACGCUUUGACGACUUCAACCUCUCGAUCCACACGGACAUGGCGUCGGUCACCAAGGCCAUGGCGUCCCCGGAGUCCGGCCUGGAAGUCCGCGACCGAAUGUGGCUGAAGAUCACCAUCCCGGAUGCUUUUCUAGGUUCGGACGUGGUGGACUGGCUCUACCACCACGUGGAAGGCUUCCAGGACCGCCGCGAAGCCCGCAAGUACGCCAGCAACCUCCUGAAGGCCGGCUUCAUCCGCCACACCGUGAACAAGAUCACCUUCUCCGAGCAGUGCUACUACAUCUUCGGCGACUUCAGCAGCUGCGAGAACUAUAUGGCCAACCUCUCGCUGAACGACAACGACGGAUCCAGUGGGGCGUCCGACCAGGACACGCUGGCACCUCUGCCUCUGCCAGGGGCCACUCCUUGGCCGCUGAUGCCAACUUUUCCCUACCAGUAUCCGGCCCCCCACCCGUACAGCCCCCAGCCUCCGCCUUACCACGAGCUCUCCUCCUACAGCUACGGGGUGGGAAGUGCUGGCAGCCAGCAGAGCGAAGGCAGCCGCAGUAGCGGCUCGAACCGAAGCGACGGGGGCGGCCGAGGGGCCGGGCGACCCAAGGAGGAGAAGCCGGGGGCGGAUUCGAAAUCCGGCAGCGGCAGCGAGUCAGAAUACUCCAUCCGCAGCGGCAGCCAGCGCGGGGGGCCGGCAUUGGUGCCCGGCGGGGAGGGCUCCUCGCAGCGCAGCCAGCACAGCCUGGGGGGCGUCAGCGUGCGCUCCCACCCCUCCCUCCACAGUGCCUACGCGGCCCCCGGCGGAGUGCCCUUGACCUACAAACCGAUGAUGGUGAUGAUGGUGCCUCCUCCUCCUCCUCCUCUUCCUCCCCCCACCAUACAGCCUCCGGGCGCACCUCCGGUGCGGGAUCUGGGCUCAGUGCCCCCCGAGCUGACCGCCAGCCGGCAGUCCUUCCACAUGGCCAUGGGGAACCCCAGCGAGUUCUUUGUGGACGUGAUGUGAUGGGGGACGGACGCGGGCUCCGCUUCUUCCCCCCGCCCCCAAUACCAUCCAUUCCCACCCAAAACCCGCCACCUUGAAUGAUCCAGCCUCUUUUGGGGAGAGGGGUGUCUCUCCCCAAAGGACGGACCACAAACCCUCCCGGUCCCAGAGCGACCCGCUGACCCUUGGGCCCAAACGGGCUGCUCACGGCAAUGAGUCGAUCCCUGCGGGGCCGCGAGACAAUCCCUCCGAGCUGCCUCACACUCCGUCUCACCUUCCGCUCCGGGGAUCGCUGGCCAAGCGGCUUUUCAGGAUCGGCCGUGACUCAGGUCUUCCUCCGACGUUCGUGCCUUGCUAUGCUGAGACGGGGAGGCUCAGCGUUCUCCCACCAGCCUUGGAAAAAAAAAAAUAACCUCGUCUUCCGGGGGUCGGGGGGCUGAACCCACCUCCGUCCCUCGUCCGAGUUAUCUUUCUUUCUUUCCCUCUCCUCUUCCCGAGAUUUGGCUUCUGAAGUAGAGGGGGGGGUUGCUUCCUUUUCCGUUCCCUCCCUUUGGGUGGUUUGCAAGGGGGGGGGGUCCUUCCUGCUUCUCUGCCAGGCGAGGUAAAAAAAGUCAAAAUGGCCGAAGCAAUGGUACGCAAUUCCCAAUUCCGACCUCGUCCCCGCGGUGGGCACCUCCUCGUCUUGACGGUACUUUCCCGGCCUUCUCCUCGAAGGCGUCUCCGAGCCGGUAACAAUGAAGGGGUCUUUUUUUUUUAAUUGUUCUGUGUUUGUUUUAUUUUUUAUUAAGAAAAUGUUUUUUAUAGAUUGUUUUUCAUUCACUUUUUUGGAGGAGGGGGGGCGUGUUAAUUUCUCGUCCUUUAAACGUGUAUAGGGUAUCUUGUUCCAAGUUGUAUUUUUAACACUACAGCCCGUCCUGUUUUUGAAUCGAGGGGGGGGGUGUCUUUAUUUCUUUCCUAACUUCAUUUUGAUCCCCCCUUUUGUAUCUUCGGGGGGAGGGGGGGUCGCACCCCAAAUGCCACCCUUGGGGCUUGAUUUUGUAGCUUGCUUUUCCAUUGAUGUCGUCUCCUCGCCUUCUCUCCUGGGGAGCCUUGGGGGGGCUGAAGGAAAACCCCAGAAGUUACAGAUAAGUGAACUGGGGGUAGACUAUGGGGGGGGGGGCUUUAAGCAGCACCCCCUAUCUUACACACCAGCAUAAUCCCCACUCGUUGCGAAAAAGCUGCAAACUUUCAGGUUAUUUUGUCCCCAAAUUGUCUCCAUGCGGGGGGGGGUAUAUUGGGGUUUUGAGCCCCGCAGAGGCUUCUGGAGACCCCCUUCCUGCUCCCCUUUAAGGGGGGGUCCGUCUCCCCACAGAACGGACCGAAUUCUCCCGCUCCCAGCUAUUGGCUUGAUACGGCAGAAUUGGGGAGCGUGCAAACAGCAGAAAGUGGGGUUGAAUUUUGUGCCUGUCCCUUCUCUCCCCCCCCCCAAAAAAAGAAUCUGCCUCAAUUCAUUUCUCUCCCUCUCCCCCCCCCCAAAAAAAACAGGGUGCAGACUCUGUCUACCAUGGUGCUAUUUUGCCCCGAGCCCACCAAGGGUGUCUUAGAGCGAUGUUUCUCGCCAGCUUGGAAGAUGGGUGGACUUCAAAUCCCAGAAUUCCCCAGGCAGCGAAGGUUUCCCAGCAUUCACUGUGGACAGAACAGACGCGGCUACGAUACCUUUAGUGCAUUUUUAUUUUAUUUUUGGCAACUUUCUUAAUGGAUAAGUAAAUUUCUUAAUAGACGGCGGGAAUGCGGUAGAUGUAAUAUAUCUUGAUUUCGUCAAAGUGCCGAAAUUAACCCACAAAGAGCUAAAUGAAUAAGAGUUAAAUGUGGGCUAGAUGGCGGGACAAUUCAACGGAAGAUUGAUAGACGGGGCUGGGGGAUUCUGGGAGUUGAAGCCCACCCAUCUUCCACUCUAACCCAAUAUUCCUCAACCUUGUCUCCUGGAAGAUGGGUGGGCUUCAACUCGCAGAAUCCCCCAGCCCCGUCUAUCAAUCUUCCGUUGAAUUGUCCUGCCAUCGAGCCCACAUUUAACUCUCUUAUUCAUUCAUAGUUUUGUCACUUUGACGAAAUCAAGAUAUAUUACGUCUAACCGCAUUCCCACCGUCUAUUAAGAAACUUUAAGAAAGUUACAAAGGAGUUGAAAUCCACCCGUCUUCCAAGUGCCAACAUUGAGAAAUGCUGUUUUUUAAGAGGCAUCCUAUUGAGGCGGCCACUCUUCUGGGACUGACCAGAUGUGGAGGACUACAAGCUCCAUCAUCCCCUUGGCCGUCCUCGGCGUCGGACCCCCCGACUAUUUAGCCCCUCCUGUAUCACUCGGGGGUCUGUGCGCACACGUGUGGCGAAAGGCGUGUUUCGUGUGACUGUUAGCAGAAUACACUUUUGUAAGGACAUAUUUAUUUUUUAGCUCUUUUUGUGUACAAAAAGCCUUCAAUUAAAAAAAUAAUAAAAACUUUUAAAAGAGAA